AUGUCAGUUUAUGAAUAUGGAGAUCACGAACUACAAAAGAUAAAAGUAUGGAACUACAGUGACAAUAAUGAAAACACGUUUAUCUACAUUCACGGAGGAGCUUGGAGAGAUCCCAAUAAUACAUACGAUGAAUUAAAAACUGUUGCUGAAAACAAUCCUCAAGCAACAUUUAUUGGAAUAAAUUAUAGACUAUCACCAGAAGUCAAACACCCAGAUCAUUACUUGGACGUGUAUACGGCAUUAAGCUACAUUCAUUUUAAUUACAAAUAUAAAAAAAUUCAUCUAAUGGGUUAUUCAGUAGGCGCCACGAUUUGUCUACAAUUAAUUCAGCAUUUACAUGAUCGAAAAUCUCCAAUUCAUUUCAACUCAAUUAAAUUUCUUGAUGGAAUUUACGAUAUAGAAGAAUUAUUAAAUGAAUAUCCAUCUUAUAUAUCGUUCGUUAAUGACGCAUUUUCCAAACUUGAUGAAGCAGAUGAAUCUAUAAAUUUACUUAAAAAACCAAACAUUGAUAAGAACACUUCAAUUAUAAUUGUUCAAUCACUACAAGAUGAAUUAUUGUCCAUGUCACAAACUAAAUUGUUAAUUGAUUAUUUCGUAAUUUGGGAUAUUGGUUUUACAUUAUUAACUGGAAAUUGGGGCAAACAUGAUGAUAUUUAUGGUGCACAUAGAUCGGAAAUAUUCAUGAAAGUUUAA